GGAGGGAGGCUGUAGAGUGAGCGAGCGCUGAGCCCCAAGCAGAGAGCGACAGUUGUGAGCCAUCCACCGACGGACGCAGCAGCGGUUCGAGAGGUGCCAGGAGGCACACUCCGGAGAGAGAAACCGGAGCCCGGGGUGUCUCCGGACCGGAGGGCGUCCUCCCCUUGUCCCAGCUCCGGCACCGCGCCCCUCUGGCCAGCAUGAGGCUCCUGACUGCCGCUCUGCUUCUGCUGCUCCUGGCGCUGUGCGCUGCGGGCGUGGACGGGUCCAAAUGCAAGUGCUCCCGGAAGGGGCCCAAGAUCCGCUACAGCGACGUGAAGAAACUGGAGAUGAAGCCAAAGUACCCGCACUGCGAGGAGAAGAUGGUUAUCAUCACCACCAAAAGUGUGUCCAGGUACCGGGGUCAGGAGCACUGCCUGCACCCCAAGCUGCAGAGCACCAAGAGGUUCAUCAAGUGGUACAAUGCCUGGAACGAGAAACGCAGGGUCUAUGAAGAAUAAGGUGAAAAAAUCCUGAUGGGAAAACGUCAUACCGGUUGGGAGACGGCAGAUUAAAAAAACAAAUUCUUUCUCUCUCGCACGCAUAAGACACAAAUUAUAUAUUGUUAUGAAGCAUUUUUUACCAAGGGUCACUUUUUACAUUUUAUAGUUGUACGUGAAAAGCUUCCAGAUGUGAGACCCAUCUCUCUUGCACUCCAGACUUCAUUACAGGCUGCUUUUUACUGAAAAGCUGGAGACUCAUGCCUUUCCUUUGUUUUAAAAAAAAAAAAAAAA